ACCAGCCCCUCGAUAACGAACUUCCGGCGCAGCUCGCUCAGUUGAUGACGCUACAUCCGCAGUUUCCUGUGCGCUUGCUCUAGCCGUCCUCCUCGACACACGUCUGAUCAUGUUGGGCAAAAUAAUCGGACAGAAAUACGUGUCUGUCGCAAAAACAUGGGUUCCCACGCUCGCCGUCUGGGGAGGAGUUGGAGGUGUUGCUCUCGUUUACUUCACCGACUGGAGGCUCAUCUUGGACUACGUUCCCUACAUCAAUGGGAAGUUCAAGAAGGAUGAUUAGACGAAGGUCAGUCCUGCUGUAGUUUAGAUGUGUUGAAGAUGGAGAUGUUUGUCACUGUUGGAGAUGAAGACAUCAGACUGCUCAUCACUGCUAAUGAACAAUGCAUCCAUCAAUCCAUCUUUCCCUCGUGAUUGUUUUUCAGUGUGGAUUGUACUCAUGAAAAGAGUAAAGUCUCACGAUCAAAAUCUAAUGGUUAUAAAGCUGUAAUGCCGGGAUGUUUUCUAUGUUUCUAUAAUAAAGCUUCAUCAUUUGUUUCCACUGAAUCCUCCUGGAAUAAAUACUCUGCAGUUCUGUUAUUGAGAACGUCAUCGUGGACCUGAACUCUGCUUUUUAAUUCUGUCGUGAUCUCCGCUCAUCCGUGGGUUACUGGUGAUGCUUGUUAAUAAAUCAAAGAAAAU